AUGGCGGCGGGAAAGGAUAACUCAGAGAUUGUGAAGGCACAAAUCGACAAGAGGGAUUACAGAAGAAUCGUUCUUGGCAACUCUCUUCAAGCUCUCCUCAUCAGCGAUCCCGAUACCGAUAAGUGUGCUGCUUCUAUGAGCGUUGGCGUUGGUUACUUCUCUGAUCCUGCUGGUCUUGAAGGCCUCGCACAUUUUCUAGAGCACAUGCUGUUUUAUGCUAGCGAAAAGUAUCCUGUGGAAGAUAGCUACUCCAAGUAUAUUACUGAGCAUGGAGGAAGCACCAAUGCUUUUACAUCUUCUGAGAACACCAAUUAUUUUUUUGAUGUAAACACUGAUGGUUUUGAAGAGGCUCUUGACAGAUUUGCUCAAUUCUUUACUAAACCAUUGAUGUCCGCUGAUGCCACCAUGAGGGAAAUUAAAGCUGUUGACUCUGAAAACCAGAAAAAUUUAUUAUCUGAUGGGUGGAGAAUGAACCAGCUUCAGAAACAUCUCACUGCUGAAGAUCACCCGUAUCAUAAAUUUAGCACAGGGAACUGGGACACUUUGGAAGUUAGACCAAAAACUAAAGGAAUAGACACAAGGAGUGAGCUUAUCAAAUUCCAUGAAGAAAACUAUUCUGCUAAUCUAAUGCACCUCGUUGUAUAUACAAAUGAAAGCCUUGAUAAAAUUCAAAACCUUGUUGAAGAAAAGUUCAAAGAUAUUAGAAACACCAAUCGAGAUUAUUUUCGCACCUCUAGUCAGCCAUGCAAAUCAGAUCAUUUACAGAUUGUUGUCAGGACUGUCCCAAUAAAACAAGGUCAUAAAUUAAGAAUUGUAUGGCCAGUGACCCCUGAAAUUCUGCAUUACAUGGAAGGGCCAAGCAGGUAUCUUGCUCAUCUUAUUGGCCAUGAAGGAGAAGGGUCUUUAUAUUACAUUCUGAAAAAAUUAGGAUGGGCUACAAGCUUGUCUGCGGGUGAAUCAGAUUUGAGUUUGGACUUUUCCUUUUUUAAAGUUGUGAUUGAUCUUACUGAUGCUGGUCAUGAACACAUGCAAGAUAUCGUUGGGUUGUUGUUCAAGUACAUUAAACUUCUACAACAGUCUGGUGUUUGCGAAUGGAUAUUUGAAGAGCUUUCAGCGGUUUGUGAGACUAAGUUUCACUAUCAGGAUAAAAUUCCUCCAAGUGAUUAUGUUGUUAAUAUUGCAUCAAAUAUGCAGUACUAUCCUCCAAAAGAUUGGUUGGUUGGAUCAUCAUUGCCUUCUAAGUUUAGCCCCAGUGUUAUCCAAAUGGUUCUAGACCAGCUUUCUCCAAAUAACGUUCGAAUCUUUUGGGAAUCAAAAAGUUUUGAAGGACAUACUGAUAAGGUGGAACCAUGGUAUGGAACUGCAUAUUCCAUCGAAAAAAUUACUGCCUCAACAAUUCAGGGGUGGGUGCUUUCCGCUCCUAAUGAAAAUGUGCAUCUUCCAGCUCCUAACAAAUUCAUUCCAACUGACUUGUCUCUUAAAAUUGCGCCAGAGAAACAGGUGAAAUUUCCAGUUUUGUUAAGCAGGUCAUCUUAUUCAGCAUUAUGGUACAAGCCAGAUACAUUGUUUUCCACACCAAAGGCUUAUGUUAAGAUUAAUUUCAAUUGCCCAUAUGCUGGAAACUCUCCUGAGGCUGAAAUUUUGACGCACAUUUUCACUCAGCUAUUGAUGGAUUACUUGAAUGAUAAUGCUUAUUAUGCUCAGGUUGCUGGUUUGUAUUAUAGCAUAAGCCAUACAGAUGCCGGUUUCCAGGUGAAUCUCCUUGGUUAUAAUCACAAAUUAAGGGUUCUACUUGAAACUAUUGUUGAUGAGAUUGCGACAUUCAGAGUGAAAACUGACAGUCCCUCGUAUUUUGCUCAUCGUUUUGGCCAUCAAGGAAACGGUGACCAAGGAAUACCAGAAUUUCAAGUACCAACAACCCUAUCAGCAGGCUAUGUUCUAUUGUUCUUUGAUACUACAGGAUCAAACCUGGCCUUGGGUAGAACAGCUAGAAGUACUUCCUGCUCUUCAAGCUGA